AUGCUGAGUUCCCAGACUCCCGCGCAAACCGGAACUUCCGCCGCCCUAUUUGCCAAGAAAUAUCUGAGCUCCAUGACGGACACACAGCUUUCACAAUAUGAUCGUCUGAUUAAUAUGCCAAGCAAUGACUGGGACAUCUAUUACUGGGCUACAGGAGCCCAGGACCCCCCUGAAGCGUUUAAUAAUGAAGUCAUGGAUUUGUUGAAAGAAUUUGCCAAGAACAAGGACAUGGAACAGCGUCUACGGCAGCCUGAUCUGGAGUAUCUCUUUAAAGAAGCUCAGUGACCAAUAUGAGACAUACAAGCUGUGGAUUAAAGGAACAGUAACAUCAAAAUAUCAAAGUGUUUUAAAGUAAUAAAAAUAUAAUGCAGUGGUUCUCUGC